AUGGGAUCCAAGCCUUAUGAAGUGUUCAAUUUGAGCACAGUUUAUAUUGGGUCAGCUGUUGUGGUGAGCGAGCCAGGUCAAGUGGACGUCUUCCCUCCAGCUCGGGUCACUGACCUCAGAGGCCAUGCAGCUAACGACCUAGUUACCCUGACCUUCACAGCGCCCGGGGACGACCUUGAUCGAGGAUAUGCACUAGAGUAUCGCGUGUUUUGGAGUGAUGAUGGAGCAGUGUGGUGGGAGGUGGAAGCCUCCAUCUACAGUGUGGUGGAGGGAGGCAUGGAGGCCCAGGUACAAGUAAUGCCUCCCCGGUGUGGAGAUCUCGUGUACUACAGGGUGAGGGCACGAGAUACUCGCCUACAGGAGGGCGCGGAGUCUAACUUGGCAGCUGUCAUUACUUCCUGUGGGUUCACCUCAACUCUUCCUCCGACGGAAGCUCCGUUGGAUCAUUGCCCCUCAACUGUGGCUGCCAUAUGUGGAGCAUUCUUCGGGGGCUUGGCCUCUGGGCUUGUCCUUGCAGCCUUCAUUUACUUCCUCUACUUCACAUAUUCAAAUAGGGAUGUUGGCAGUGGUGAUGUGAUACAUCACCAGGCAAUCAAUAGGAGUCAGGCCAGCGCCGCUGCCAUCUAUGAGAACGCUGCCUUCACCACCAAUGACUCAAGGAGUGUUCAGAACACUUACACAGCCACCCCCACCACGCUAGCAAGUAAAAACCCUAUCAAUGCAGCACGCACGCCGAACCAGAACCGCUCACUGCCUCCGAUUCCUCUCCGCAAACCCGUCCCAAAAGAGCGUCAGCUUCCUAUAAAACCAUCAGUGGAGAUCACUAAGACAGCUGCAGGUCAGAGCGGGCCUCAGCGUCCCAAGAAACUCACGAGACUCCCAGGCAACACAACAACGCCCGAGGUUACCCAAGAAUGUUCUGGUUAUGAAGAGAAUGAAGACACAGUGUCACAGUCGUCCGAACAGAUAUACGACACUGCUUACUCCUAAUUUCUCAGUGUUAAUUCAACUGAAGGAUGUUUGCAAAUACUUAUAGACAAAUCUAACACUGAAGAAGGUCUUUCUGACACCUUUCUCUUUGUCUCAUGACUCAAUUUAUUACUUGUGUUUUCUUAUUCUACUUUUACUGCAUCUGAAGAUUUCUUCUUUAUCUGCUUUGUCAAAUUAUUUGAAAUUUAUAUUUCGCUGUCAUAUAAAUUGUCUUCCACACUUCCCUGGAAAUACAUUCCAUUCUCCAGGGCUCCUAGAGACUCGAACCGCGGACCCCACGCGUGUGAGUCCGGAGCUCUCACUUGAGCUUUGACCUCACACGCGUGGAGUCCAUGGUUCGAGUCUCCUAGAGCCCAGGUGAACAGAAUGUCGUUAUCAUGUCCACCCCCACCCCUCUCCUCUUCAUUUAUUUGGUCCUUUUCUAGUUUUUUCUUGUGCUUGUUCAGGUGAGGUAUCCAUACUGUGCUGCAUGUUCAAGAUUGGGUCUGAUGUAGGUUGUACAUAUGACCCAGAAGGAUCUUUUCUUCAGGAUUCUGAAGGCUAAACGAUCAUUAGCCAAUUUGCCAUUUACGCUGAUGUUAUUCUGAUAACAUUUAUUUCUAGUAUUAGAUGUAUUGUGUCCAUUCUAAAUUCUUUCACCUUUUCUUUUACAAGAAUCUGUCUUCCCUUCAUUGUGAUCAUCUCUGGAGAUUGUCAACAGCCUUUCGCGGGGUAUCACAUUACUCGCUACAAACACUGAAACAUGAAGGAGGAAAUGUUCUAUAUCAGGCUACUGAGGUCCACUAUAAACAGGAUGGGCACCGCCCCCUAUUGAACUGCAUUUGUUACCUCUCCUCACCCUGACAUCUCCGCGCUCACUCUAACACUUUGCUUCCAACAGGAGAGACACUCAUUCUUUCAUAUGAGCGCUCUUCCAGAUACACCAGCCUGCUUAUACAGCGUGAGGAGGAGUUUCAAGUGUAGUGCAGAAACACUUGCUUUCCGAUAGUCGAGGAAAAUGCAGUCUGUCCAUCCCUCUGCUUCUUCUUUGCUUCCUUCAUCUAAUUGGAGAAUUUUAAAAAGUUUAUCAUGUAGGAUCUUAAUUCACUAAAUCCAUGUUGAUGUUUAGUGACAAAAUUUAGCUGUUGUAAGUGAGCUACUAGUCUGCUUGGAUCAGUCUCUCUAAUAACUUGCAAGGGAAUAUUUGCUAUUCUCUUCUACAUCAGCUCAUGUCUUCCUUCUGAUUUAUACAUUGAAACACUAACCAUUUUUCAAUUGUGUAGAAGUCCUCCAUUUUUACUGAAGAAGAGUUAAAUACUACAGAAUGGGGGACUGCAAUGUUUCCUCCGUCUCCUUUAGUUUCAAAGUGAUAUAUUGUCAGGGAAUGCCACUUUAGUUGUAUCUAGUUUCUCUAGGUGUUUCCUUACUUUUGAUGUUAAUACCAUUGCGGUAAGUACUUUCUGUGGGGGUGUUCUGUUCUGCUGGGGCUUUUAACCCCAGUGACAGGUUAGAUUUCAGGUUCAGAACUUCCUGAAAUGUUUUGUUGAGUAAUUCGACACAUUAUUUUCUGUGUGAUCUCCCUUUACUUUGUGUAGCCUAAUAACCUAAUUAUUAUUAUUAUUAUUAUUAUUAUUAUUAUUAUUAUUAUUAUUAUUAUUAUUAUUAUUAUUAUUAUUAUUAUUAUUAUUUUACACAUAUCAGAUUCGGAGUUCUCCCAUCUAGCAACUCACCUCAGGGCUUACUCAAUAAGUCUUCCCUCAAACACGUCUUGCCAAUCGGUUUACACAACAAUUAUUGCUUGGUUAACAGAGACAAGCAGUUAAGGAACAAUAUCAAGUGCUAUUUCCUGCUCAGUGCACGAGCGCAACUGGUAUUCUUUGCAAGGCUUGGAGUGUGCUACUGCUACACCGAAAUCAAUGGCAUUUUUCAUUUUGUGUAGCUGAAAAGCUGUUCAGGCUGGAACUUAAUCUUUGGUGCGUCAUUCUCGUACUGCUUAUCCCUAUGAAAACAUUUUGAUUUCCUUUAACAUGUUUUUCUUUCUCUUAGUUUUUUCCAUGAUUCUUUACUUUUUCUCUUUAACUUCAGGGACUGCUUGUGUCAUACCAUGGAGUGAUGCUUUGCUUGGUUCUCUUAUCCCUAUGAAGGAAGUACGAUCCUUCCUUAAUCUUCCUUGUUGAAGCUUUAAAUUCUCUUUCUCGUGCUAUUCUCUUCAGGAAAUCUCAGACCGUUUGGUUUUUCACUUUUUAGUAUGUUAUCCUUACGUUCUCCUCGUUUCUUCCUCUUUCAGUAGAUCAGUGAUGGAAUCAGAGUUUGUCUCCUGUGGAUUCCUUCCAAUAUUGGUCUCCAAAUGCAUGUUUGAACUGAUGAGUUAGCCUAAACAUUUGCUCGUAAAGAGGGGAUUGAUUACCAACUUGGACUGCCUUUGAGCAGCCUGAGGGCAGUAAUAUUCCGGGAACAUCAACAAAAUCUAGUAGAUUUGAGACAAAGAAAAAUUCACACCAAUUAUUCCAUCUAUCAUCGUUAUAUUAUGCAGGAAGAACCGCACGUCUAUGGGUCAUCCAAUAAGGUUAUCAGACUUCUAGAUGUUACCACUGCUAGGCUUUGACUCGGCUAUAAGUACCUCUAGGAGUUUGCAACAUCUGCUGAUGUAGACUUGACUAAAAGUAAACUCUGUCAGCAGAACUAUUCGCAUACCUUGCGAAUCGCGGAAUUCGGAUAUAACACCAUAAAUUGUGUCCAAGAAAUGUGUAAGUACUUCAUUUAUAAAGAUGUACUGCCAGGAAUCUUAGCGAAGUAUUCCAAAUGUGCUUACUGUAGGUGCAGCCUGCAAAUGACUGUAAAGCUACCGCCCAGUUGGG